AUGAUCACCACCUUCACGCCAGAACAGAUCCUUGACAUCGAAGAUGCUCUAGUUACCGACCAAAACCCAGCACGCGAUGAAGAUACACUCGACUUCCAACGCUGCGCCAGACUGCACAAAUACCUGGUCGCAUAUGCCUACAUGGCCCGCAAUGGAACAACAACGCCCGAUCUCGACGCCCUAGCCAGCGAGUCAUGGUUCUUCAACGAACCGAGCGAGAAUAUUGACGCCAUUCGCGCUCGACUUGAUCCAUCCUUAAACUCAUUUCUUGACGCAAUCUAUGACCCGACGCCGGAAUUCUUCUACUGGGUGAACGGGCUGCGAAUGGAACUUGUCGACGAGUCUUUCCCCCACGAAGACAACGAUCUGGAGGAUAAAGAGCGAUUUGUGGUUAUUUACGACACAAGUUCCGGUCUCGGUCCGCACUGUCUGGGUGUUCUCUACGACCAGUUGAACCAUCGCGCCUCGUUCCCAUUAACCAUCUGGAAUACAGAAAGUAUCGAGCCUGUCACUGAGCAUUGGGAUAUGUGGUUUCCUCUAGAGACGAUUCUCACCCACUGGAUCUACAUGCUGCGAAUGGGAAAGAUCACGGCCGAUCCACGGAACGAGAGAGACUUGUCCGCUGAAGAGGCGGAUUCGCGACAUCAAAUUGGGUUAUGGUGUUGGCAUCCGUACUGCGCUGCUCAAAUAGACAGUACGGUUGCUGCGAUGGACCGCUACACGGACGCGAUCGAAUCACGCAUGCACUCUCUCUUGCCAAUAUCCUCGGAUGCACCAUUUUUUACCGAUGCAGAGCUCGAUGCGGCUUUGGUGCCGAAGGAGUGCUUUAUUCGCUCCUUUCUGACUCGAGUGAGAAUCCCGCGUUUCAAGCUAGUCGCGCCCGGCCUGGAGGUUCCGCACGACAAACAGGCCUUCGCAGCGCGUCAGAUGUUCAAUGCGGAAGGCCAGGGCAGGAGUGUACCGUCAUUCCUACUCUUUGCAUCUGCAGAUAAUACUCGCACGACCGGUUUCAACGAAGAAAUUCACCGUUUGUUCUUUGGAUCGAGGAAUGAUGUUCCAUUCAACGAAGGGGAUCCUGUCCCCGCGGGUUUAUAUAGUGCAACAAUUGAUCGAUUCGAAUACGAUACUGAGGAAACCGGAUUCUGCCUUCUACUCCCAUUCGCGCUACAACCGAAUCUUAGCAACGAGGAUGGAGCUAGGUACAGUGAUGGAACUCUAGUGCCAUCUGGCUCGUUCACGCAGCUUCUCCAGCAUGGCCUUUUUCAUCCGUUUGGCGGGGAGCACCGGGUGCAGAGACUGGAGAUGCUGUUUGACCGAUGGACUGAGUUGAUCGAAAGUGGUGUGUGGACAGUAGGCGCGAAUGGCGUUGAGGGAGGGAUCGAUAUGUUCCAGGAGGCAGACCAAGGCCGCUGGAAGGAUUACUGGAUCUCCCCAUCCUGGUGA